AUGAGCGCAGAGCCACCGGUGCCAGAAACGAGGGUGUUGGCUAUUGCGAGCCAUGCUAAUGGUUUUGAAAGGUCGUUUCUGGCAACCUUCACCAUGCAAUCCCUCGGCUGCGACGUCGCGGCCCUGAACACGGUCGACUUUUCCAACCACACCGGCUACGGGCAGUGGACGGGCACCCGCUCGACACCUGAGCAUAUCCUCGAUCUGUGGUCGGGGCUUAAGCAGUCGUUUUUGGAUGACUUUGAUAUGAUGCUCUCGGGGUAUGUACCUGGGGCGGAGGCGCUGGGGGCUGUGGGGAGGAUUGCGGAGGAACUCAAGUCCAGAGCGGAGGGAAGGUUCUUUUGGGUGCUGGACCCGGUAAUGGGGGAUAAUGGGAAUCUGUAUGUCGGAGGUGAUGUUGUCCCUGUGUACCGGGAGGUGAAAAUCACGGAUAUGCUCAGCUUGGGCAAGGCGAUUGAGGUCCUCCACUCCCGCUACGGCGUCCCACACAUCGUCAUAACCUCGCUCUCACUUCCCGACGACACAGACCCCGACACCCCAGGCAACAAAAAAACCCUCAGCGUUGUCGGGUCGUCAAUGACGAGUACAAAACAGCCCAGAGCGUUCAAGAUCUCCUUUCCGGCGAUUGAUUGCUACUUCUCCGGGACGGGGGACAUGUUUGCCGCGUUGAUGGUUGUGAGGAUGAGGGAGGCGGUUUGUGACGCUUCUACAUCGACAGAGCCGGGGUUAGAUACUAGAAGAAGCUGGUUGAGUGAGGAUGGGGUUGGUGCGUUGGAGUUGCCUUUGGCGAGGGCGGCGGAGAGGGUGUUGGGGAGUAUGCAUGAGGUGUUGGCCAAGACGGCGGAGGGGUUGGAGGGACGGUUGGAGCAGAUGGCCACGGGCGUCUGCAUCCCCAUACGGCCUCGUCUUAUCCCCUUUGUCUUUUGUGCGCCGCCAGGUGCGGGCCGUGCGAGCAGG